UUGCUCUUUAUCUAAAAUAAAAAAAUCCUUAAUAAAGCAAGUGACAAAAAACCAAUUUGGUCAUUGAUCACAAACCCACCCCACCAACCUCUCAGCCCCAUCAUCUCCAAUUCACCUCUUCAUCCCUCCCAACAACCCAAAAAAAAAAAACCAAAAACCAUGUUUGAUCCAAAACCUGAUCUCCCAAACCUCCAUGCUCACACCUUCAACCCCACCUCACGCAUCAACGAAAGAUGGGCAGACGCGAACAUCGAAUCCCGGGUUCGAAAAACAUCAGAAAACUAUCAGAGUUACCGGAGUCACAGGGCAGCAGAGGAUGAUACAGAGGACGAUUCGGGUUUUUCGUCGCCGCCGUUGUGGAAGACGAACUACAAGCACCUCUCGCCGAACUCGAGGUCCCAGGCUAUAGCCAGAGGCCAAUGGGAGCUCAUGGAGAUGGUCAAAACCAUGCCCGAAUCGUGUUACGAGCUUUCGCUGAGGGAUAUUGUCGAGCACCCUAUCAGAGCGCAGUCCGCAGAGGACCGUUUGGUUGAUGAUGAGAAAGUCUUGGCGAGAAAACCGUCGAGGGGGGUUAAGAGAGAGGAGAGCAGAGUGAAGAUGGUGAGGAGCCGGAGCAGAGAGAAUAAUCACGGCGGGGGGUUGCUCUUGAAGAUGGCGUUUCCGUUUAGUCUGGGGUCGAAGAAGAAGAAGAAGAACUUGGCGGGGACGAAUAGUUUUUCGAGGGUUUCGCCGCGGCCGGAGGGGGUGGAUAGGGGCGGGAAAGGUGGUGAGAAGGAGUGGUGGAAGAAGAGGUUUUCGAGCGAGAGCGGGGGAGGGAGUGGGAGUAGCGGCGGUAGCAGCAGCAGCAGUAGCGGCAGGAAGAAAAGUGGUUGCUCACUCGGUUGCUGGUCCUUCCUCACUAAGAGAAACAUGAAAACUUCAAAGUGAAAGACGUCGUUAUACUACUCCUGAGACUCAAUAGAAUGCUUUAGGAAUAUACCGCUAAAGGCUAAAGCGAGUGUGACGUAGCACAUGUGAAUUCCCUUGAAAUUUUGGAGGAGGUUGGUUGUUUUCUUUCCCAUCUUUAAUUUCUUAUAAUCUCCUUAAGGCUCUGUUUGCCAAGAUAUUGUUCUUCAAAGCGAUGCUUCAGCCUGUGGAUGUACAGCUGCAAUCUGUUUAAUUUCUUAUAAUCUUAUUAAGGCUCUGUUUGCCAAGAUAUUGUUCUUAAAAGUGAUGCUUCAGCUUGUGGAUGUACAGCUGCAAUCUGUUCAUAUAUUUUUCAUGCUUCUGUGUCUAUGGAUGGACUGGAAUUUCUGCAGAAAUUGCACGAGAUUAUGAUCAAACUUCAGUUUUUAUGGCA